GUCCUCUUGGCCACAGCACGAGCGCAGACCUGCGAGGACGACCAGACAUGCCAACGACCCAGCAAUCUCGGCGAAGAGGGAUCGUUCCUUCAGGCGCGGCUCAACGACGAAUCGCAGAUGGACACAGACAUGGAAAACAGUGAUGAAUCGCAGACAAACACAUCCAUGCAAAACUACGUGGAGCGCGUCCUAGGCAAGGUGACGGCUCUCGGUGGCAGACACCAGAAUAACGUGGAGCUUGCUAAGGAUGAGGUCCGCAACCUC